AUGACUAUUGCUGCAUAUGCGUAUGAAACAAAUGAAGCAAGAAGAGCACAUGAACUAGUAAACGAAAACUCAACUUUAACCAUUGAAGGCAAUGAUUUAGUCAUUGACGAUGGAAAAACUAAAAAAGUCAUUGAUUUCGAUACUUUUAACACUUAUGACCCAUUCAUUACAAUAAGUAAAGUUCCUAUCAUAAAUGAUGGAACGGUGCAAUAUAUAAAUUCUACAGUAGAUGCCUCAUUAGUGAAAGUACUGAAUGUUCUCAUUGAAUUGUUAAAGAGCUUUCGAUUUGACGACAACAUUAAAUGCCUAAAGAAUUUAGUCAUGAAUGAGAAACAAAUAUUAGGAGUUGCUGGUAGCAGUAAUGAUGUACACCUUAUGACAUUAGAAUAUUAUAACGAACAUAAAGAUGAACUGAAAGGAGAGAAGGGUGACACCGGACCACAAGGAAUACAAGGACCUCAAGGAAUACAAGGACCUC